AUGAAGCUAGUUUGGGCAAUUUUCGCGCUUCUACAAGCACAAUAUGCGACACCGUGUUGCGACCACAGGCCUUUUAAGUGCAGCAGAGAGAUGGAGAUCUCCAGUAUUUUCGAAUGUGACGGGAUGAGGCAGUGCCCAAAUAGCACAGAUAGCAGAGUGCAAUAUGACUACGCUUAUAAACAUGACGAAGAUUACAAUGUGUGCGUGUCUACGCAAUACCUUCCACCUGAAGAACUGACUUUGAGGGCUCAAAGUACAUACAACGGGAGUGUCCUGCUUUCGUGGUCCUUUCAAUACGUGCCUUCAAUAAAAUCCAAGGGUGAACUCAGAAGAUGGCAUGACGACGUCGAAAAUGUUUACCUGGCGGGAUACCUUCUUUAUGGCUCAUCCGACCAUCACACUUUUACGAAGACCUUCCCGGCCAAUGUUACUGAGUACAGCCCACUCGCCCUAAAGAGAUGGACUCUCUACGAGAUAGUUGUGCGACCGUACUACACGUCUGACGGCAAUGCUCAGCCCGUUUACAAAGUUGGGAAGGCGGCAUAUGUCGUCUACCGGAGUGAGGCAGCAGCUCCAAGUGUCCCCGCUUAUGUCGAACUGAUUUCUGUGGAGGAAUGGAAGGUCGUAAUUAAAGUUGGAGAUCCUACAGACUGGAAUGGAGAACCGGCUGGAUACCAAGUUCGUUGGGAAACACUAGAGGGUUCGUCAGAAAAAGGCCAUGUCUACACCAGCAUACCGAAGGAACGUUCAGUGGAUGAUAACUCAACAAUUAUAACAGUGUCUCUUAUUUCUGGUAGGCGCUACAGGUUAAACAUUUCAGCUCAAAAUAAUGGACAUCGAAACAAAAUCUUCAAUAGCUCCGAGCUUGAGAUGGAAGCCUGUACUAUUCCACUAGAAUCCGUUGAUCUAACUGCAUAUGCCCUUGGCUCUCACGACGUUGUCGUCUCUUGGAGGGCUGAUCUUUUUGUGGAAUACUUUCAGGUUACAGCCUGUGACGAGAAGUGCGACUUUGCAGCAAAUGACAGUUCGCCAUUUCUUCCCUCCGCUGAGCCAAUCGAUGAAAACGCAUCUGCGGAGAGCCCCCAGAAAAAGGACUCGUUGCCGGACUCAUUUGGCAAAGCUAGGUAUCUAAGAUCUGAUGAUGUCCUCAUUAAUGUCAACGGAAGUCACGCUGAGUCAUCCGUGCACAGCUACACAAUCAAGAACCUUAUUCCAUCUUCGAAACGAUAUAUCAGAGUGAGAAGCUGCUGCAAGGAUAAGUGCACUCCUGGAAUCACUGCACAAGUCUUCACAAGACCAGAGCAGCCUGUGUUUUUCACAGUAACAAACGUGACCAUGACGGUGUUCGCAGUGCAAAUAAAGCCGAGUACCUAUAAUCACUUUCAAGUGCGAUACUGCAACAGACAUUCCUUUUGUAAGACACUUUUCACAUCCGGACAAGCAACCGUUUCAAACCUGACGCCAAAUUCAACGUACCAUAUUGAUGUCCGCGAAGGGCUCAAAGAUGUCAACGGAAAUGUCGUCCUCGGGCCGGCUACACGUAAGCGUGUGUCAACGCUGGGUCUCGCUUCCUGCACACGUCAUAUAACCUCUCCUGACGGUAUAAUUACCAGUCCCCACUACCCGGAUAUAUAUCCCAACGGAGUUAUCUGUUCUUGGCUCAUUACGACUGCUGUUGGUGAGAAAAUUAAUCUCGUUUUCAGAGACUUUGACUUGGGGUACAUGUGCGACGACAUGCUUUCUGUGUACGAUGGCUACGACAGGAAUGCUCCACUGCUGGUUACAUUUUGUGGGGACGAGGCCUUUCCUAUUUCAUCCUCAUCAAGUCAGUUAUACAUGGUCUUCGAGAGCAAUGGCGAGGUACGAGGAAAAGGCUUCAAUGUGACGCACUCGACGUCGUGCGGUGGACGAGUGCUGGCAUCAGGCCUCAACGAGCAACGCAUUUACUCCCAUGCUAAAUACGGGGAAGAAUAUUACCCUAACCGGUACGACUGCGAAUGGCUCAUACAAGCGAAGGCGGGUCGUGUGCGGCUGCGCUUUGUUGCGUUCAAGCUGCAGUACGACUACAAGUGCAGGUAUGACUACGUCAAGGUCUUCGACGGCGACAGUGCCUCAGGUUCACAGCUGGGAUUCUUCUGCGGACAAGAAUUGCCGAAGGUGAUUACCUCCACCUCAAGUUCUCUGCUGAUCCGGUUCCACACCGAUGGAGGGACCGUAUACAUGGGAUUCGUGGUCGCCUUUUCCGCUGUUAAAUAA